CGUAGCCAAAAUGGUGUACACAACGCCGAAUGUGCCGGGGAGACACCUUUAGAAUUGACGGCAGAUUAUAAACAAUAACAAAGUUGAUCUUCCACCAGAUUUGAACGGUUAGGCUGAUAAUUUAUGUAUUUCAAAUACCCUUGUCUUACAUACGGUUAAAUAUUUACGAUGGUGUCAACACGAGGGCCAAAAUUCAAAUUUUCCGACGGAGAGAAAGUGUUGUGUUACGAGCCAGAUCCCACGAAAGCGAAAGUGCUGUAUGACUCGAAGGUGCUUGAUGUCAUUGUAAAUAAAGAUCAAAGAGGUAGAAAAGCAGUGGAAUACCUUAUACACUUCCAAGGUUGGAAUUCGUCUUGGGACCGUUGCGUAACGGAGGAAUAUGUGCUCAAAGAUACAGAAGAGAAUCGUCAACUUCAACGAGAUCUAGCACAAAAAGCGCAGCUUCAGUUGGGUGCUUAUUUAUAUCGCCGCGAACGCAAGAAGAGAAGCCAUAAGAUGUCAGAGCGGUUAACCGAAACAGAGCAUCAAGAACCUCGUCAUAGAGCGAGAAGCGGUGGCAGCCGAGCUACAUCGGCUACAACCGGAUCUUCCGAGGAUGGCAGUUCAGGCCAACACGCUGAUUAUGAUACAGAAGAAGUAAACACAGAAGAAGAUACAGAGAGUAGUUCUGAUUACAUGGGCGAGACGAGUGAUGAUGAAGACAGCGGUGGUGGCAGCCAAUCGGGAGCCAGUAUGAAACCAGGCGUUGAUCUUGACAUAGGUAGCACAUUGAAACGGAUUCUAGAGCAGGAUUAUGACCUAAUAAGUAAUAAAAAUAAGCUUGUCGUACUUCCGGCGCAACCUACUGUGAUAAAUAUUCUGGAAUCCUGGGUACAGCAUUUCACUACGACGCAGUUGACGAAUAUCCAAGAGAAACCUCAACGGAAUAAAACGAAUAAUACUGUAGAAAAAACAGUGAACGAAGUAAAUAUAUGCAGAGAAGUCGCGGACGGCUUACGCAUAUAUUUCGAUUUCACUUUACCUCAUCUCCUGUUGUACAGACAAGAAAGGGAGCAACAUUCUUCCCUAAAAGCUUCCUUGCUAAACAACGAACAAGCGACCAUUAUACCAAAGGAGGAAUUAAUUGAAAAUUUAGAAAUAUCCACGAAAGAAGAAUUUGAGGAUACGGAAUAUGCUCAUUUACCACCAUUUCAAGAACAUGAUUUGGAGAUGGACAAUGCGUCUAAACCGUCAGGCAAUUCUAAACGAAGAUUGCGAUCGUGUCGUGUAAGCUCAGUUGAUGAGAAUCGACAAUUAAGAUCUUACGACGAAGGAAAGCAGGACGGUGGCAAUUUAUCAAGUAGCAUAGCAAGUACAAGUUCCCGUUGUUCUAGCCCGCGAGGUGUAACGUUAAGAAUGCCGCCUGUUACAUCCGCUCAAGUAAACUGUUUACUUCAACAGUCAAAUAAGUGGAGGUUAAUGCCUCAAGUUCCAAAACAAAGCGAAAUUCCAAAUCCCUCUACUUACUACGGUGCCAUUCACUUAACUAGAUUAUUCGUUAAGUUACCCGAGUUAUUACAAUCCGCAGAUAUAUCAAGCAAAAAAUUAAAAGUACUUUUAAGAUAUUUAGACAUGUUUCUAAGUUAUCUGGAGAUGCAUAGGGAAUGGUUUGGAGAACAAUUUUAUAUGCAAAUGGAAAAUCGAACGACAUCGCAAACUAGCAAUGUUUAACAAUACUUUACGUUUAUUACAUAUAACUAUAUAUAUAAUAUAUAUAAUUGUAUAUGUAUGUACAUAUAUGUAUAUUUUGUACAUAUAUGUAUAUAUAUGUAAAUACAUAUAUAUAAUAUAUGUAUAUGUACAAGGUAUCCCAUAAAGACUGUAACAAUGCUUAUGGGUAAAUUCUUGAAACCAUUUUAAGACAAAAAUCUUAAUAUCAAAAUUAAUUUGAAACUUAAGGUAAAUAAGAACAAAAUGCUGAUUUUAUAGCGAAUAAUAAAUAAUAAAAAAUGUAAUAUAAACAUAAAAAACGAAUUACCAACAUUUCAGUCUUAAGGUUUAGAUCCUCUUCAGUGUAAUAUUUCGAAUUGUCAGCUAAUUCCAUGUUUUAUUUUAUUCAAAAAACAGCAGUCAGUUACGUGAUAUACCAUAAGUUCUACUUUUUUUAACAACUUCACCGCCGACCAACGAUUUAAGAACUUGACUACACUUCUAUUUUAUUUGUGCAUUGUUGACGAUUAGUUUUAAGAUCAUUGUGAAAUAUUCCACUGAAGGUCUAAACCUUAAGACUGAAACGGUUGUAAUUCGUUUUUGUUUAUAUUAAAUUUAUUAUUGGUCGCGUUCAGCAGACCAAGCCGCUCAGUAGCAGUCAAACGUGAUUGGCUCUUACUUUUAGAACGAACAAAUCAAAACAGUGUGUUGAUAAGACGAAGUCAACAGUUGUGCAACAGUUGUGUCUUUUGCUUUUAUUUACCCUAAGUUUCAAAUUAAUUGUGUAUCUAGAGAGCGUUUUUCUUGUCUUUAAUAUCAAAAUAUUGAGACUAAUAGUUAAUAGUAAUAAUAGUUUUUGAAUUAAAAACAUUUAAAGUCAGCGAAUUAGGCUGUGCUAAAAGCGAAAACUAACUCUCUCCUCUUGUAAAAAUCAAUAUCGAGAUGACACACGCAAAGAUAGUGAAGUUGUCUUUACCGAUAUUUAUGUAAAUUUACGGGACACCUUGUGUAAAACAAAACUAUAUACAUCGCUUCCCCUAAUCUAAAACGUGAUACACAUCUACAUUAUACUUAUCUAUUUUUUAUAUGACUAAGUACAUAUAAUUUGUACUCACACAUUAGUACAAAUCUUUUUUGUCAUGAUGUGAUAUUUUUCUAUCAUAUGUUUUUUACAUAAAAUUACGUUGCGUGUUAUUUAUGGCGCAAAACUCACGAUAGAUUGUAGAUAAAUAAAGACCCGAAAGUUAAAUGUGAAA